AUGGCCACUCCACCUCCAUUUCUCCCUCACCCUCUAGCCCCAAUCGUUGGCCAUUCACCUCCACAGAUGCUCAUCCCCGCCUCCCUCAUCGCAAACGACCCUCCUUGCUGCCCCCAUUUUGCCCGAGGUGUGGAGCAUGGACAGUUGGAAUACAGGAUUGUGUUUUCAGGUCCAAAUUUGAAAACCGGCUCUUGGGGUCGGAGUUUUCAACCUUAUGCUGCUGAGAGAUCCAAGGCCGAUCUAGUUGGGUCUUAG